AUGGAUAACGUAGAUUUAGAAAUUUUAAUUGAUGAUUUAGUACUUAAUCAAAAUUUUCUUAAUUAUUAUGAAUUAAAAUCAUAUCUCCAAAAACAUAAUAACAAUAUAACGGGUGAUGAUAUGGAUUAUUAUUAUCCAUAUUAUAAAAAUGAAAUUUUGAAAUAUCAUGAUAAAAUAAUUUCUAAAAUUAAAGACAAAAUUAAAAAUAAUGAAUAUACAAAGGGAAAAACUAAAUCACAACUUAAACAAUUGAAAGAUUUCAAAAAUAAAGUAUUAACAGAAGAAGAUAUUGAUGAAUUAUAUAAAUUAUAUAAUCCUGAGCCGCAAAAAACAAAGGAACAAAAACAAAAGAAGAAAAAGCCGAAAACAACACCAAAAGAGAAAGUAGCAAAUGUUCAACAGCUAAAGGUGCAAAACACCCAGGUCCUUCAGACCAUAAAUGAUGCACAAGCUUUAAUUUAUGAUUCAUUAGUUAAACCAUAUUCAGCCCGACUUUUAAAUGAAGAUCAACUUUUGGAAUUCAUCCUUCAACAUAAACUCGAAGCGGGAAAGUAUAUCAAACCUUUAUAUACAGCAUAUUUAAAACAAAUGAAUAGAAUACAUCCAGAAUUAAUGAAAGGAGGAAUGAAAUCCAAAACUUCAUCAUCCAAAAUCAAAGCAGAUAAAAUUAAAUCACUUGCAAUACCAAAACCUCCAACGGUAGUACCUCCUCCUUCAGUUAAUCCUUCAUCAUUCACUUUAUUAUAUCCAUUUCAAACAUUAAAGAAGCAAAAAGAUUUUAAAAAGGAUUUCAAGAUAUUAAAUAAACCAACUGACCCAAAAAUUCAACCGUUAAAGGAAAAAUUUAGUCGCCCUUCAUUUGCACCAUAUCCAUAUUCAUACGAAAUCGAUCAUUUAGAAUAUUCAAAAGGAAACGUUACUUAUUUAUUUGCCAUUAACAUUAACACCAGAUAUUUAUAUUGCAUUCCGGUGAAAGGGAAAACAGAACAGGAAACAAGAAGAGCUAGACAAUACUUACUAGAUCAUGAAAGA